AUGGGAGCUAACGUGUGUUUAUCAGAUGUUAUGUUUCUGCCAUAUCUGAAAGAUCUCCCUCAACAGUACUUUCAGUCGUAUUUUAUUGGAAUCGGAGUGGGCCAGGCAUUGCCAAUGGUUCUGGCGAUAACCCAAGGUGAGGGAUUACGAAUGCUAAUGUUCAAGGUAUAGGCCAUGUGGCUACCUGAAAAAAAAAUCAAAGUAAUGUAAUAUAAAAAAUAUAAUAACUUACUUUAAUUGACUAAAACAGCAACAAAAAAACCGACCUUUUCAAAAAUUAACUUUCUAAAAAAACAAAAAUCAGUUUUGGCAUUCUGUUGCAAGCAAUCUUUCGUUACAAAACCAAACCCAUUAAUCAUGGUAAUCGUAAAAAACAAUUUUUAGGAGCAGCAACGUACGAUUGUGUUCCGAAAAAUGCAACUGACCCAGAUAGUCCACUAGAGCCUGUAUUUACAUCACGGUUUGGUGUUGAAGUCUACUACAGUGUAGUAUUCGUUUUCUACGCUAUUGGCAUCUUGUCAUUUGUACUAUUGAGCAUUAAAAAGAAAAAUUUGAAGAAGGACGGUUCUAUAAAGUCGACAACAAGAGUGACAAAAAAAGAUUGUGAUCUUCCAGCUUUUCAAUUUAAAAGCCGGCAAGAUGUUAUGUUAGUGCUGAUGAAUAUGACAAUGUGCGCACAGUUGUAUGUUUUCGUGCCUAGUAUUACUCCGUAUGCUGUGUUGCCGUACUCUAAGGUGAGGCUCAUCAUAUUAGCUAAGAAAUUUGUUUUACUUUUAUAAAAUAGAUAUGAAUUUAACUGAACAUAGACUAUCUUUAAAUAAGAGUCUAAUAUAAGCAACCAUGUCGUAAAGAACCCUGUCAUCCUGGUGUUCUAGGAAACCUACUAUUACACAAACAUUCUAUCUUGUUUAUGUGGACCAUUGGGUGCAUUGAUGGCAAGAGCAAUGCCUACACGAGAUAUUAAAAAAGUAUUUUUAUGGUAUUUGGUUGUGAUUUCUCUAAGUUCCUUCAACGUUCUUCUUGCUUUUCAAAGUCCCAAGCCAAUACUAGUAGGAACGUUUGUUGGAAGCGUUAUGAUUGUAAGUUUUUGUGCUAACUUUAUAUUCAAUAAGGGUCUUAAUAUUGCAAUAGUGCUCAUGAAAUUGAAAAAUUUUCUUAAUAGUACGUGAUCUGACAAAGCUAGAGAAUAUACUAAAUUUUUGUCAUCUUACACUAGAGCUUUUUCAAACAAAAAUUGAAUUUUGAUCUUCUUUUUACUUUUAACAAAGAUCUUUCAUAAACUCAUUUCAGGUAUCUUGCCAAUGCCUUAUGUGGCUAAUAGGCUUCUACGUGUAUAGUAUGUUGAUAGAAAUAGUACGUGAAACUGCGCCAGCCGAGCACAUAACAGAACGUCGUUUAAUUUACUCUGGACUGAUCUCUCAACUGGGUUCGUUUAUUGGUACGGUAACUGUGUUUGUUUCUGUAAACAUGUUAGAGUUGUUCAAGGAAGUACCGCCGUGCUGA